GGGCGGAGCCUGCGGGACCCGGCGGCCGGUGAGCGCCCGCUGGAGGCUGGAGCUUCCGGGCCCUGGAAAGGGGUCCCCGCGCGCCCCGGGUCGGAGGCAGACCCCUGGGUUUGGGGGACGUGGGCAUUUGGGGCGCCUGAACCCAAGACCUCUGGAUGAGCUGCCCCGUUCAGACCAUGGAUCCUGAGGUGACCCUGCUGCUGCAGUGCCCUGGCGGGGGCCUGCCCCAGGAGCAGAUACAGGCCAAGCUGAGCCCCGCCCAUGACCGUCGGCCACUGCCAGGUGGGGACGAGGCCAUCACUGCCAUCUGGGAGACCCGGCUAAAGGCCCAACCCUGGCUCUUCGACGCCCCCAAGUUCCGCCUGCACUCAGCCACCCUGGCGCCUAUUGGCUCUCGGGGGCCACAGCUGCUCCUGCGCCUGGGCCUUACUUCCUACCGAGACUUCCUGGGCACCAACUGGUCCAGCUCAGCUGCCUGGCUGCGACAGCAGGGGGCCACCGACUGGGGUGACACGCAGGCCUAUCUGGCGGACCCACUGGGGGUGGGCGCUGCACUAGCCACGGCCGAUGACUUCCUUGUCUUCCUGCGCCGCUCCCGGCAGGUGGCUGAGGCCCCUGGGCUGGUGGAUGUGCCUGGUGGGCACCCUGAGCCUCAGGCCCUGUGCCCUGGUGGCAGCCCCCAGCACCAGGACCUUGCUGGGCAGCUGGUGGUACGUGAACUCUUUUCCAGUGUCCUUCAGGAGAUCUGUGAUGAGGUGAACCUGCCGCUGCUCACCCUGAGCCAGCCCCUGCUGUUGGGCAUCGCCCGAAAUGAGACCAGUGCUGGCCGAGCCAGUGCCGAGUUCUAUGUCCAGUGCAGCCUGACUUCUGAGCAGGUGAGGAAGCACUACCUGAGUGGGGGACCCGAGGCCCACGAGUCUACAGGAAUCAUCUUUAUGGAGACACAGAACGUGCGGAGAUUGCAGGAGACGGAGAUGUGGGCUGAACUCUGCCCCUCGGCCAAAGGCGCCAUCAUCCUCUACAACCGGGUUCAGGGAAGUCCCACUGGAGCGGCCCUAGGGUCCCCAGCCCUACUCCCGCCGCUCUGAAGAUAAUAAACGACUUUAUUCUUGGA